AUGUCUUUACCCGAUAUUGUUUUUAAUAAAAUCUAUCGAAUUGUAGACACCGUACCAUAUGUCGGUACUAUUUAUGCAAUUUCAAGAGCAGUCUGGUAUGGUUUUCAAGGUGAUAUGAAAGAAGUUGCAAUUUCUGCAGUAAACGCUAUUCAAGGAUCAGUAGGGGAUAUUCUAUUAUUUAGAAGAAUCGCAGAACCAUUCAAAAUUUCAGUUAUACGCACAAUGGUGCAAAAUGCAUCGGAUAUGAUAGUAGAAGAAUCAUUUUUAUUUGAUUGGUUAAAAAAUAAAAAAGUUAAUAAAGAUGGUAUCGAUCCAAGAACCGUACUUCAAGUACUAGAAGAAAAAAUUAAAUUACUAGAAUAUAAGUUUAUAGAUGAAAUUACCAGUGAUGAUAGAGACAAGAUCGAUUUUGACAACGAGCACUGUGUGUUUGUAUCUCAUGAAAAUGAUGAAGAAAAAAGUACAACAGAAAUGUGUUUUGAAGAAAUGUGGCAUCGAGCAAUCAUACAUGGAUCAUCAUAUUCGGGAGUUGUCACAUAUGAUUCUUACAUGAAUAAAAAUAUGAUUGUUAUUGCAUUUCCCAACGGAUUAAAUCUCAACACACCCGUAAAUAUUUUUUUACACUGGGAUAAAAAUUAUGCAAACACACGUCAAAAAUUUGUUAUGGCAAACAACGGAAUCUUGAAAUAUGAUGAAGCAAAACGUCAAUAUCAUUUUUUAAAAGGUAAUGAAUAUUAUUGGUUCAAAUUUUACACAAAUCCAUUACGUAUUAAAAAUAAUGUUAAUGAAGAUAAAACAAUUCUUCAAUUUGGAAAAUUAAAUUUAUUCAUUGCCGAUAAAUAUAAUAAUAUCGUCGCAACAACAGAUUUACAAAUAAACAUAGCAAAUAAUAUUCGAAUAAUACAUUUGAAAACAGGUUUAGCAUUCACAUUUGAUAUCAACGAUAAAACUUACGAAGUCAAAUUAAAAAAUAUAAACUUUAAGAAAGAUAAACAAAUUUCACAACUUUGGGAAGUUGAAUUUUUUAGAGAUAACAAUUAUAGAUUAAGAUCUUUUGUUAGUAGUGCGGCACAAAGAAUGUAUUGUAUUGGUGAAAAUUUACAAAUGUGGGAUUUUGUUAAUUAUUUUUGGGAUUUAGAAAAAGUUGAUUUUAUUGAUGAAUAA